UGGGCCCCCUGGCCGAUGGGCCGGCAGGGGAGGAGUUAACUCCGGAGGUGCCGGCUCCACUCACUGUACCUGCUGCCGCCGCCGCUGCCGGUGGGAGGGAGAAAGGGAGGGACGAGGAGAGAGGGAGCCGGCGGGGCGGCGGGAGCGCUCCAGUCUGGGCCCGCGCUAUAGCCCGGAGCAGAACCGGAGGGCUCCAGGAGGAGUGGGCAGACAGUGAGGGGGGCACCUACGCCAGGGGGCGCGCCAGCCCUAAGGGGUGGGCUGCCGGGCUAGGGACGGGUUUCACCUCGAAUUAGGGCUGCGAAAAAGAGGGGCUACGAGACAGUCCCUCGCACAUCUGGAAGAACAGGGGGGCCCAAGGGCGGCGGCGCCACUGGAGCCGAAAGGCGCGCAGGACGCACAUCUGGACCCAAGGAGCGGUCGCGCGGCUGGAUCCAGAAACGAGCUCGGAACGCACAGCUGGGACUUAGGGAUGGUGGUGGUGGUGGUGGUGGGCUAACACCUCGAACAGCUGCAAGAGAGGGAGAGGACGGCCACACAGCUGGACUAAAGCAGGGGGCGGGGUCCAUCGCAGACAGCUGGAAGUGGGAGGGGCGCUCCCCGCAGGGAGCCGGAGAAUGGAACAGUGAACCUAAAAGAGAGGGGCAGGUGAAGGGGGCAGGGUGGUACCCCAAGAGACAGAGGGAAGGAAAAUGCAACUCACUCGCUGCUGCUUCGUGUUCCUGGUGCAGGGCAGCCUUUAUCUGGUCAUCUGCGGCCAAGAUGAAUCCCCCCAUGGCUCUGAUGACCCUGAACGUGAUGAUGCUGAGGGACAACCUCGGUCCCGUGUGCCUCGGAAACGGGGACAUCUUUCCCCCAAGUCCCGUCAGAUUACCAGCUCCACACUCCUUGGGUUGCUGGCCCCACCAGGAGAGUCAUGGGGGGAUCCAGGACAGCCCCCUGCCCAUUCCCACCAUAGUGCUGCGUCUCCUGCCAAGCUGAAGAAAAUCUUUGGUUGGGGCGACUUCUAUUCCAACAUCAAGACAGUGGCACUGAAUCUCCUGGUCACAGGGAAGAUUGUGGACCAUGGCAACGGUACCUUCAGUGUCCACUUCCAGCACAAUGCCACUGGCCAAGGGAACAUCUCGGUCAGCUUAGUGCCCCCCAGCAAGGCUGUGGAGUUCCACCAAGAGCAGCAGAUAUUCAUUGAAGCCAAAGCAUCCAAGAGCUUCAAUUGCCGGGUGGAAUGGGAGAAGGUGGAUCGGGGCCGGCGGACCUCACUCUGCACUCAUGACCCUGCCAAAACCUGCUCCCGGGACCACACACAAAGCUCAGCUACCUGGAACUGCUCCAAACCCUUCAAGGUCAUCUGUAUCUAUAUCGCCUUCUACAGCACAGACUAUCGGCUGGUCCAGAAGGUGUGCCCAGAUUACAACUACCAUAGUGAUGCUCCCUACUAUCCUUCUGGGUGAUGCCCUGGGUGGGUAGAGGGGAGGACCUUCAGGUACCUUCCCUCCCUCCAUCAGGGGCUGAAGGGGAUCUUACUGCCAAAAAAAGUGGAGACCUGGGGGGGGGGGGGAAGGGGUAGGAAAGAGACUGAUUUCUCAGCAGGAAGGGAUAGUGGAAGAGAAUUGUGGGGAAUGAUCAGAAUAAAAGCUUUGGAGUGGGAAGUAUUGAAUAACCUUGAAUAUGUGAAAUGGAAAAGGGAUGGAUUCUAGUUAACAGCCUUAUAGAAGACUAUGGCUUAUGGGUAAACAUUGAGUUUCAGAAUCUGGGAGGAGUAGGUUAUUGAAGCCUCUGGUAAAGGUCUAAAGUCAAAUAUCUAGGGAUCAAGUGAUGUAGAGGCACCUAGAAUCAUAGUUCCUUGGCCAAUGUACUCAAGAAGAGACAGACAUGAGAUAGUGGGUAUCUUCAGAGAAAAUGCAACAUUGGAAAGGCUCAGGGAAGUUUAGAGUUAAGAAGGGUUAUUUCCAACAAGCCUGUGGAAACACUCAUAAUUUGGCUUAGAAAAAAUACCUAUUCUAGUGGUUGAGUGGUCAGCAUGGUUUUUGAAUGUCAGUAGAGUGAAGUAGGAGAGAUAACCCAUUAAUCAUAGAGAUCUUGGUUAAUGGAGCACCCACCCCACUCCCACACACACACCCCUCAUCUUCAAGAUCCACUCUCCCCAACUAAAAAGGAUCCUUAAGGAAAUCCUACUUCCCAUUCUCAGACAAUGUUGGGAGGUAUACUCUGAUGGGAUAAGAUUUGCUGGGGUGUGGGGUCUUCUAACCCCAGCAAAAGAUUCACUAGGCACAGAUGGAAAGACAUUCAUUGUACUAUUGAUGUCUCCUCUUCUGCCCCCAAUCCCUCCUGAGUUCUAUCCUCCUGUGCUGGGUAUGUUUCCCCAAAGGAGUAAGUUUAGGAGGGGAUCCAAAACACCAGAGUCCCCUCUGCAAUCUCUGCUUCCUCCUCUUCAGAUGGCUCUAAGGGGUUGCCAGUGACUUGGGAAGAAGCAAGGCUGAAUGAGACAGAGGGCACUGGGUCUCUGUUUCAUAUGUUCUGUAGAGUCUGUAAUGGGGGGAGGGGGAGGGUUAUGGUGGGAGGAAAGGGAGGGAAAGGGGAUGUCUUGUAAAAUUAUCUUGAAUGUUGAUUUCUGUUUGCAGAAUCAUGUUUUUGGAACAGAGAAUAAAGCAUUCCCAGGACUUGGGAAUCUUAGUUGUCUAAAUGAAA